AAGUUCCAGCUGGCCGUGACGUCACGAUGGCGACCACGAAGGAAAGUCGGAUGUCGUCAUAUUUUUCAGAACUUAAGAAGUUCAUCGACAACGGAAACAAUGUAAAAGUCGUUAAAUGUGCUAAUAAAAUUUUGUCGGAGGCACCAGAAGACCUGAAAGCAUGGCAGUGCAAAGUUGUAGCCCUCAUCCAGAUGGACCAGUUUUCAGAGGUGUUGAGCAUCGUCAGCAAAUCGAAAAUUGUUGAGGAUCUUGCCUUUGAAAAGGCUUACUGCGAGUAUCGGCUGAAUAAAGUCAUGGAGGCCUAUAAAACCAUCAGCAAAGCCAAGGAAGUUUCUCCACGUAUCCAGGAGUUGCAUGCUCAAGUCCUGUACCGCCUUGAGAGGUAUGAAGAAUGCUAUGAUAUCUACAGAGAAAUGAUCCGCACGAAUAGCGAUGACUUUGAUCAAGAACGCUUAACAAACAUGGCUGCAGUAGCUGUGAAUCGGUACAUAGAAGGAAGUAGUAAAGACCCUGCUGUCAACAUUGAUGACUCCUCAUAUGAGGUGUUAUAUAAUGGAGCCUGUCACCUGUUAGCUACUGGCAACUAUGAUGAAGCACUGAAAAGAUUGAAGGAAGCAGAGGGCCUCUGCCGUACCUAUCUUAUUCAGGAGGAUGGUGCCACAGAAGAGGAAGUGGCUGAUGAGGUUGCCAUUAUAAGGGUACAGCAGGGCCACUGUCUUCAGCUUAUGGGCCAAGAACAGGAAGCAUUAGCCAUCUACAACAGUGUCCUUAAGAGUAAACCAGAAGAUCCAGCUCUUCUAGCAAUCAUCAACAAUAACCUUGUCACUAUCAAUCGUGGAGGAAAUGUUUUUGAUUCUCGAAAGAAGAUGAAAACUGCCCUAGCACCAGGCCUAGAGCAUAAACUGACUAGUUAUCAGCGGGCUAGUAUUGCCUUCAAUCACUGUUUACUUGCAUUUAGCACAAACCAGGAUGAACUUUGUCGCACAGAGGUUGCAAAGUUGGCCAAUGACUACCCAAAAUUCAGACAGAAAGCUUCCAUAAUCCAGUCAGCCUUGCUAGGAAGAGAGGGUAAGCUGGAAGCUGCAAGUGCCACAUUACAGAAGUGUGCCCAGGAGGAUCAGAACGAAGCACUCGGAAUUAAUCUCAUGGCCAUUCAAAUACUUCUUGCAGGUGGUGAUAAGAGAGGUGCAUGUAAGAUAUUGAAGUCCCUAGAUGAGAAAAAUAGAUAUCGGCAGGGCAUUGUGUCAGCAUUAGUGUCCCUUUACCUAUCCUUGGAGGACCGAGAUGGUGCAUCAACAAUCUUGCGAGAGGCUGUUGAUUGGCACAAGAAGAAUAAGACUUCAGGAGUACAUUUAUCUGAGUUAUGGCGACAUGCAGCCGACUUCCAUCUCCGUGGUGGAGAUGCUCCAACUGCAGCGGCCUCUCUGCAAGAGUUGCAAAAACUCAAACCCAAAGAUGUCAUGACUUUAGCUCAGCUAAUUACAGCCUAUGCUCAGUAUGAUGUAGAAGCAGCACAGAAACUAUCUAAACAACUCCCACCUGCCAGCAGCGUAGUACAUAAUGUAGAUGGUGAUGUUUUGGAGGCAUCACUAGGCCACCGCUACAUGAAGAAACUCCAACAGGGCAAAGGAGACCUCUCUCCUGCAUCACCAUCUUCACCCACAGCGAAAGUCACACCUGGGGCAGAGCUCAAGAAGAAGACCAAGAAGAAGAAGAAGAGGAAGAUAAGGCUUCCUAAGAACUAUAACCCAGAUGUGCCUCCUGAUCCUGAGCGCUGGUUGCCCAGGUGGCAGCGCAAGACCUUCCGCAAGAAAAGAGAUCGCAGGGGGAAGGAUGUUAUGAAAGGAACUCAGGGUGUGUCCAGUGAUGCAGCCGAUAAAUAUGACAUCACAAAGACAGCUGGGACCUCUAAGCCAUCACAGGCAGCUAGUCCCAAGCCAGAAAAUGUUGGACUACGCCGUAACUUCCAGAAGAAGAAAGGAGGAGGGAAAAAGAAGAAGGGAGGAUGGUAAACACAGAAUAUUCUCAGGGAUCCCAUUACUGCAGACAAACAAGUUUCCUUUUAUAAAACUGGAGACCAUGAUGGUUAAAUCUGUAUAAGUGAUAUGUUCACUAAAUAUUAAAUUAGACCCCAAAGUUCAUUUUCUUGAA